AUGUCUGCCCCACAGACCCCCGAAGUCCUCUGGGCCCAGCGCUCAAACCAGACGGAGCCAGCAAAGAACCUGAUCUACCUCACCAUCACCGUUCCUGAUGUCAAGCCCGCAAACCUUAAGCUCGACCUCAAGCCACAAGGACUCACCUUCACAGGCUACUCCGAGUCCCUCAAGCGGACAUACCACGUCGAGCUCGAAUUCUACGCUGAGAUUGAUCCAAAGGAGAGCAAGAUCAACCACACCGCCAAGAAUGUCGAGAUGGUUCUGCGAAAGAAGGAGCCGAGAGAGGAGUUCUGGCCAAGAUUGUUGAAGGAUGCAAAGAAGGUCCACUUCCUGAAGACCGACUUCGACAAAUGGGUCGAUGAGGAUGAACAAGAUGAGGCACCUGAGGACGACCUGGGAGCGAUGGGAGGCAUGGGUGGAAUGCCAGGUAUGGGAGAUAUGAGCAGCAUGAUGGGCGGUGCUGGCGGAGACUUCGGCGGAAUCGACUUCAGCAAGCUUGGAGGAGCUGGAAUGGACGGAGGCGAGGGGGAAGAUGAAGAUGACGAUGACGAUGAUGAGAUGCCAGCCCUUGAGGGCGAGGGCGAGGGGGAAAAGGCUGAGGGCUCCACAAAAGCAAAGAUUGAGGAAGUUGCUUAG